CCCCCGAGCCCCUCUCUCCCUGACGGCUCAUGGAGCCCGCCGGCCGAGCCCCGCCGCUCAGCGUCACCCAGUUGGGUCGCCUGCGGGAGGAACAUGGAAAGGUGGUCACUAGCUGCCGAGAAAACAUCCAGCACUGGAAGAAGGUGGAGAGCGACUACGAAGCUCUUCAAGAACGACUGAAUACAUUGCCAGAUAAACUCUCAUACGAUAUCAUGGUACCUUUUGGUCCCCUUGCUUUCAUGCCAGGAAAACUGGUCCAUACCAAUGAGAUCACAGUUCUUCUUGGGGACAACUGGUUUGCAAAAUGUUCAGCGAAGCAGGCCAGCGGUCUGGUGGAACACAGGAAAAAACAUGUCAGGAAAACAAUGGAUGAUCUGCAAAAAGUCAUGCAGAAUUUUGAGUCCAGAGUUGAAUUUACUGAAGAUUUGCAGAAGAUGACUUGUGCAGCAGGCGAUUUUGUUGAUAUAAGAGAAGUAUGUGAAAGCAGCAGCACCGAAACAAAAGGAAAGCAAAGAACUGCUCUCAAACCUCAUUCAAAGCCAAAAACAGAUGCUUUUCAGGCAGAUCUUCAAGAAAACAGAACUGGUGAAAAGUUCAGUGGGGACUUGAAAUCCGAUUUGGAACUUUGGGCCAGACUCGAUGAACUUGAGAGACAAGAAGAGAUCUGUGGUGAACUUCACAGGACCUCCAAUACUGUUGAGGCGAACGGAGAAGAUGCUUCCUCCUCUGAAGAAGAGAGAGAAGAGAAGACAGCUGUGAAUGUGGUUGAGGGUGAAGAGAAAACGAAUACUCAGGACAACUUUCAAAAAGAAGUAACCAACUCUGAAUUGUUUGGAGGUCAGACUAAUGGCACAGGUCAUUAUUACCACAGUGACGAUGAGGAUGGAUUUGCCAUUGCCGAGGAUGCUGUGCCGACAAUAUAUUUCUCCCAUACCGUGGAACCGAAAAGGGUACGAAUAAACACAGGAAAAAACACCACCUUGAAAUUCAGUGAAAAGAAAGAAGAGGCCAAGCGCAAGCGGAAGAAUAGCAAUGGCAAUGGACACUCAACUACCGAAUUGCCCAACAUCAAAACACCAGCAGACAUUUAUCGAGUCUUUGUUGAUGUUGUGAAUGGGGAAUAUGUCCCUCGUAAAUCAAUCUUGAAGUCUCGAAGCCGGGAGAAUAGUGUCUGUAGCGACACCAGUGAAAGCAGCACCGUGGAGUUUGACGACAGACGGGGAUUUCUGAGGAGUGUCAGCUAUGACGAAGCUACCUUCAGUGAUAACGGUGACGGGAUUUUGGAGGAAGAGGAGGAAGGGGAACAGGAACACCUUUCCAAAAAGAUACCAUCAUCCUUUUCAGAAACUUACGAGGCUUUUUCAGGAACUGUUGUGGAGAAGGAUCCCUCGUGUCCCAUUUCCACGCCACAUCCGGUAAUCGCUCAUCCCGUCCUGCCUACCAUUCCAGAGCGAAGAGCUGAGGAGGGUCUCUCUGAAGCAUCGGAAGAAACGACGAAGAGAGUUUCAAAGUUCAAAGCUGCCAGAAUGCAACAGAAGACCUAGGUCCUGUUUAGACCGCCGAAGUUUGGACUAGAAUGCUGCAUUUAGAGGGGACAGCUUACAUCUAGCUAGUUUAAAUUUUAAAAGGCAGACUGCGUUGGGUUGGUUUUGUUCACUCCGAGACCUCUGUUGAUGGUAUUUCCUUUAUAUAAAAAAAAGAUCUGUGAAGAAACACUUCAAAACUCACCUUAUUUUUUUAAUACCCUCGUACGCAGUCUGCACCUCUGUACAUGUUUGCCUUAUGAUAACUGCACUCGGAAUAAUUUUCAAACAGAGUAAUCUUCAUAAGGCUUUUUGUGUGUGUGAGCGUGUGUGUGUGUGUGUUUAAACCUAAACGCAGCCAGUUUUGUACCAGCUGUGAUCUUCUACGUACCAUAUGGGUCGUUUGAAAGAAACUUUGCAACUUUUCAAAUAGAGCCAACAAUUAUAUUUCAUGACUUGCAUUUAGCAUCGUAAGACUCGCUUUUGCAUCCUCCCUCCAUUGUUUUUGGUUUUGUUUUUGUUUCUCUGGUAGGGUUUUGCUUUUAGGUGUCUGCUGACAAAUCGUUUUUUUUUCCUACUAGCAUAAAACCUCUGAUAACUUUACUUGCAUAGAAUCUACGAAACAGAACACUGCGUUCAUGUACUUUGCAGGGACGUUUCUUUGAUGGAAAAUGGUAUUUUGUAAGAUUAAAAGUUUUUCGAGUAAAAAAAAAAAAUCAAC